GAGAUUCUUGUUGGGGGCAUCAAUUUCCAGAGAGAGUGAGUGAACUCAACGGACGUCACUGUGCUGUUCUGAAGAACCGAGUCACGAGUCCACUGUGAUUGAAACUCAACAGCACCAUCGCGUCUGGGGAAACUGGGUGGUGGUUGAAUAUCGGUACAGUACCGGUACGGUACGAUCUCUUGCUUCAAACACUCCCGAUCGUGAUACCUCCACUGCCGUGGACAGCACACAAUCUGCUCCUCCAGUUCUGCGGGAGCUGGAAAAUUGGUUAGGCGAUUUCUCUUUUCUGCUUGAAUGAUACGAUUCGAUUCGAUUCGAUUCGGGAGGUUGCGAGCCAAUUUCCCCUUGCCUAGCUAACCAUGAGUACCUUCAUUUGCAAGCAUCGUACCGCAGGUUCAGCACCACCCCCCAAAAAACAUGCCUAUGGUUUUGAACUACUAGUACCCGGCACGGUAGUUGUUAGGUUCGUACGUGCACAGUCGCUCGGAUCAAGGAAGCCAUCCCAUGCUCGAUUAAAUUGCCUGGAGCAAUCGAUUUAGUGGUUGCAUUCCAGACUUCCACCUCCGUACCUCAGUGCUGCUUCGAUGGACUUGUGCAUACCGGUAAAUAGAAAUACAGUACAAAGCUGCAAGCUUUGUCUCGAGGUCCAGUCACUAUCCAAGUCUCAGAACUGGUAUUCCCGAAUGUGACUGAAGCCACCGGUACCGGUACUUGUACCGAUAAAUGAGAAGCCACCAGUAUGAGAAGCCCACUCGUGCUGUUUUGUCUUCUGGAGGGAGUGCCAUGGAUCGCGUUCUGGAUCCCUUUGUCUCUCUUUCUAUCAAAUGGCACCACUCUUGUCUACGAUCCUCUUUUAGGAUAGCUCUCAUCAACAACAAUAAUGCCAGCACAUGCAGCCAACGAAACGAAAUUCCUGAGUGCUUCCACCCAUUGCGAACGGGUCAUGGGGCGCCAUGUGGUGGACGGCAACAAGGGUGCCAUCAUGGUGGAUUGGCCGGGUGUUCGAUUGGAGUUUCGACUUAUUUCCAACACGAGAUCGGUGGCGAUUCGCAUCAAGGGGCGUUCGGCCUGUUUUGGAUAUCGCGUGGUCGCCCAAGAGAAGGGCAACGACGAGAGGAACCAUGUCAAUACGGACGAUGCGGCGGACAAACUGGUCAUUUUGUCAUCUGGAAAAGAACAGGAUUAUCCCCUACAUGACAAUCUACUAAAUUCAAAUACUACGUACAAGGUGUCCAUUUGGAAACGAGAUGAUCCCAUCAAUGGAGGAGCCAUCAUUUCUGGAUUGGUUAUCGACAGUGAUGGCAAUGUUCAACCCAACAGGAAAGAAGAUGGAAAUCUAUUCCAGCAACCUCCGAAUACCCGCCUCCUGGAAUUUGUCGGCGACUCUGACACGGUGGGGUUCGGAAUCAAUGGACAAAAGUCUGGUUUCUUAUACUUCCUCUGCUGUCAAAUGCCAUGCAUGACCAUGGCGCCAAGUCUGCGCAAGAGCACAGACGUAACCAAGUCAUGGGCUCAUCUUACCGCUCGACAACUGAAAGCCGAUUACAGUGUCGUAGCUUGGAGUGGGAUUGGAGCCAAGUAUUCUCCGGAAAGCAACAUGCCUUCCAUGUUGGAGUCGUAUGCCACCCUACUGCCUUCUGGCAAACAAAAGCCCAUUCCACCCAACGAGGGCUCCAUGCUGGGACCCGAGCCAUCAGCUGUCAUUCUCUAUAUUGGUCAAAAUGAUGAAUAUGCGGACAAGAGUGAGGACAAGUUACAAAAAGGGUUUGCUGCACUCUUGAAGAAGAUAAGAGAAUUCCGCCCAUCACACAUUCCCAUUGUUGUUGUGGCGCCCGCGUUGGAUUGCAACUUGGCAUGUGCCUUUAUGGGAAAGAAGGACAACACUGCUAAGGCAGAACGACAAAACAGACUCUGGAAAGCUGCCGUACAAGAUCUAGUAGACUCGAAUAUUCACGUGGUGGAUCACAAGCAUGAACCGGACAUUGCACUGAAUUCCAAAGAAGACUUUGGCAUUUGUUUGCACUGGAAUGCCGCAUCCAACUUGAAAUUUGCCAAUCCCUUGGUACCCAAAUUGAAAAAGAUCUUGAAUUGGUAGGCAGAAAGCAAAGGAAGCUAUUUAAAAAAAAUAGCAAAAUGUAAUUCUUCUUUUAGUUUGGAAAAUACCCCAAAGGGUUUCCCGACCGCGUCCUUGAGGUGCUACCGGUACCGUA